AUGAGGUUAUUAGUGACGGUGGGAACUACGUCGUUUGAUUUGUUGGUGGAGCGAAUAUUUCAGGUUAUAGAUAGCAGCCGGUUGGCAGAGCACUUUGGGACGAUACUGGUCCAGGUUGGAGGUGCUCGGGCGAGUAUUAUACCGUCCUACACGGUGGGGCUUGAAGAAGAGGUUAGUGCGUGGCCUGACCAGUCGAAUGAGGUUUCCGAGCUGCGGACGAUAAUGACGGCCGAGCGUCCCCUGGACGAACAGCCGUUGCACCUGAGAAGGAAGCCCGAAAUACCGCUGGACACAGAACGUUUAAGAAGCCACACAUACUGGUUCCGGUAUUCAAAACAUCUGCCGUACCUCAUGCAAGACUCCGACGUCGUAAUGUGCCACUGCGGAGCCGGGACCCUUAUCGAUGCCAUCAGCUCAAAGGCGGUCAUCUGGGGAGUCAACAACACAGAGCUUAUGGACGAUCACCAGCGAGAACUGGGCGAAGAACUAGCCAACAUCGGAAGAAUAUUCUUUAUUGACGGACAGCUAAUAAGUAAUCUGGAGAAGUUCGGCAAAAAA